ACUAUCACCUUCGCGAUUCAACCCUGCACCUCCGUCAGUCAGCGUGAUAAUACAUAAAGAUGCUGAGAUGUUGAGACUGAAAGUGCGACAUCUGCGAUGUCUCGCACAAAUCAGUUCGCCCUCAUUCUAAUACUUCAAGUUGUUUUAAUCGCUCUGUUUCUUGGACGAGCACCAUUCAUGAUGACCGUAAAAACACCACCAACCAAGAACUCGUGGGCAGAUCAUCCAUGCAAGCUUAUCACUACACCACUGUAUGCCACGGACAAGACAGACAUCUUCACAACCGGUGCAACGCAUAUGGCUCAUAUCCACAAUGCCAUUCUGCGCGGCUAUAAUUCCAUUUUUCUACAAGCCCCACACGUUAGAAAUGAGGAUAAGGAGGCUUUCAUCGGAUACGCUCUGACAUGGUUCAAAUUCGUAAAAUCACACCACGACGACGAAGAAGCGGAGCUGUUCCCGAAAGUGGCCGAAGUACUCCACGGACAGGACAACGAGAUCUGGGAAGAGACUCACAAGGAACACGAGUCUUUCCUCCAAGGCCUGGGCAAAUACGAAAUUUACUUGUCGCAUCUUGCUUCUCCUGCACAUUUCGACGGCAAGGAACUGUGCAGUAUCAUGCUCACCUUCCAAGUCCCGUUCGAGCACCACUUCCACUCCGAGAUCACGCACAUAUCCUCCUUCGCCUCUUUGCCGUCCGCACCAGUGUUAGGAUCACCGGAAUCAGACCAAGCGGUAGUCGUUUUCAAAGCCUGGGGCAAGAAGACUGUUACCAAAGCUGGUACAACAGAUGUUGUGCCGUUCUUCCUGAUGAACCUGGACGCCACAUAUGAGGAGGGCAAGUGGGCUAACUGGCCGCCGAUGCCGGCACCAGUCAGGUGGGGACUUGUGAAUGUGGCAGGCAGCUGGAAUUGGGCAUGGUGGAAGUUUGCGAGCUGCAAUAGUGCGGGAACGCCGAGGGAGCUGUAUGCCCUCGGAGGGAGUGGGGGAAGGGAUUCGAAGUAAUUUUUACUAAUACAUCAUGGCCCCUAUGACUGGAUAUUCUCGAGUUAACCUUGUAAUGAGUCUGGUGGACGAUUCGUGCUGAUCGGCUCUACGUUCUUAGAAGAUAAGAUGGAUCGUUGAAGCAGUGUUAAGAGCCGGUACGAGCCAUUUUCCAUAUCGCAAUGUACGACUACAAGAUUGGCAAAA